UGUAUCGAGGGCUCGAGACACCUUUCGAAAGACCAGCAUUGUGUACCGAACGUGGAGUUUGGCUAUAUUCAUAUCCUUGCAUGUGGGACGCAAUGAGAACCAAAUUCUAUAAGCAGGUGUUCGAACUAAUAAGAAUAAGUGAUAAAUAUGAGAAACGAAAGGUGAAUUGAAGCCGGAAAAAUUCGUAUUGAACGCUAAAGAAUAUUUCAAAUUUUCUGAAAACUUUCACCGAAUAAGGUUGGUCCGAUCAUAAUGAAUAAAUGAAAAGCACCGAUCCGUUGGUUUCGAUUAAUGAUAGCUGACGGUUAUACUUUCGUAAAAGAAUUGUGUGAAAAUACCCUGAUUUGAGAUUUUUCCAUUAAAGCUUUUUAAUUAAUUAAAAAACUGUAUGCAAAAUCGAUAUCGGAUUGUAUUAAUCAAGUAUCGCUUCAGCAGUACACCUGUAUCGAGGUGAUUGAAUAUUCAUUUCUGGAAAUUUUUGAAGAAUCAAAUUACAAAAGAAAUAAUUAGCUUGGAUUUAUCAAAGUACAAAAAAUACGAUGUUUGUAUAAAAAAAAAAAAAAAAAAAACGCAAGGAUGAUUCGAUCCUGAUAAAGUUAACAAACACUAAAGAUUCUCCACUCGGAUUAUUUUUUAUAAGCGUAAACGCGGUUCAUUUAAUACGGUUAAUUUAUUUUCUUUAAUUUCAAUUAUAGUUUUUGAACUUCUGAUUUUCUUGGGGCAUUGGAUCCCACGUUGUCAUCAAUUGUAACUUUGAUGCGUUCCUAUCAAUAUUAAAAAUCUCUAAAGUUUCAGAAACUUUUCACCAAAUUAGUGAGAAGAAGAGAGUCUUGAAUGAGUUUUGCCUCUGAUCCUUGACUUAAGGUCCAAAAAAAUAUACGAGAUUUCAGAUUAAAACACUCUAAAAUAGAUUUCAGUUUCACUUGGGGAGAUAAUAAGUUUUAUAUGAAAGUUCUAGGAAAAAAGAAGGAAAAAUUUAACGUUUCUACCAUGAAUAAACUAACGUAUUUCAUUCUCUCGUUAUUUCACCACUGCGUAAAUUUUCGAUCCUUCUUCACAGAUACUAGUAAUUUUUUUCUGUCGACAUUCGUCGCAGUAACGUCAGAAGCUUGAUUAGAAUCCAAUAUUCAACAGCCAACAGCGAAUUCCGAUGUAACAAAAUAUGUUCGAAAAUAUUCUCACGGACGAAAAAUGCCCCGCAUAUCGUACACGAUGACGCAUUGAGCGGAUAGAAGGAAGGUGGGUAAGAGUACCGUGAGAAAAUGGAACCUGUCGACCAUAGUGAGUGAAUUUAAGGUGCAAGCAUGUGCUGGAGAAUUGCCACGAUUUACAUAAUGGCUCACCUCUCGAGCAUUCGUGCUGAUAUGGAUUAUAUGGCUCUCCUUUCGGAAACACUGCGCACCCGUUAUCUGCUCGGAUGUACGGCUUCCUCUUCGGCGACAUCCGUUCCCCUGACCCUUCGCUGCCCUCCCGGCACGACAAUAAGCGUCACCCUUGCGCACUACACGGACAAUCCGACAGCAUCCCUCGGCAUUCUGCAAGUUCCUCAAUGUCCGCUGCCGGUUAUCACACCUGACCAAGUAUUCGGCCUAAAUUGUACCAGCAACGUGCAGACAAAGUGGAGGGACGUCGACCACGGAUCGUGGGGAAGGUACUCGCUGCUGCAGACGGUCGUCGAGGCCUGCCAGAAGAAGAGACAGUGUCGAGUCUUGACGGGCGAUGAAAACGAACGGGAUCCUUGCCUUCUACACCACCGUCUACGUCGGCCCCGACUCGUCGAGCUCGCCUACAAAUGUCGACCAUACGAGUUUCGGAGCAAACUGUCAUGCGCCGGUGAGAGAGUCUCGUUAUCCUGCAACCCCGGAAGCCGAGUUGCCGUCUACAGCGGAUUUUACGGCAGGAACGAGUACGAAAACCUCCACUGCCCUCAGCCGCCUGGCGUUCCGGAGGAAACCUGUGUCAGCGAGGGAGGAACGAGAACUGUGAUGAGAGCUUGUCACGGACGGAGAAGCUGCGUCCUAACCACGAGCCCCAAAUUGUUCAUUCGUCCAGCGACCUCGAAUCCGUGCAAGCAUUCGAACACGAAGCCUUAUCUCUACGUUGUCUACACUUGCGUUCCCAGAAAGGUCCUCGCCGAGGAAUACGAAAUGCCUCUGCUGCCCGACGAGGACGAAAACCUCCAGGAGCCGGAUGUCCUCGAGGAGGGGUUCGACAAGGCAGACUUCAAAGCCGCCUUCAGUCCCAGCCCGAAUCUGGUCGGACUGCUUUCCGACACCGUCAACUCGACGUCGCGGACUCCGCAGCCUCGGCCACCCCUGACCAAGGAGGGUGCGGGUUUCGAGGGCUCGAAAGACGAAGGCAUGUUCUACGUCUGGGUCGGCCUCUGCUCGGGCGUUCUGCUGACGCUGAGUGCUGUUCUGGCGAGGGUUGUCGUUCAGCAGUUGAACUCCGGCCGUCCCCUCACCCCCGACACACCGCCGAGAACAAAAUUCCCCGCCGACUUGGCCGCGAUCGAGGCUGAGGUCGACCUGACAACGACGACGCUUUCGAUAACGAAGAAAAAAAGCGUGCCUCACGUCGUAGAAGACACCAUGACGUUUACUGCGGCGGAAAAUCGGUACCCGCUGCGACCUGUUUCGACAACGCAUCGGGGACUCAUGGAGACGUCUCUGGUGACGACGAAUGACCUGGUCGAAGCUUCCCUCCGGAAUGGUCAGAACCUCUGUUGUCCUGCGUGACGUCAGGGCGGUGGUCGCCAAUCCGAUUUUCGCGUGACCGCCUCGCCAUCACCAUCGACUCUGGGCAGUACUCGUUGUCAUUUGGAAGACGGCCGCCACUCGGCUGGAAUCGGGAGCCCCGAGAACAACAAACCAAGGCCAAAGGCCAGGUCGUCUGACGUCAUUGGUCAACCGAAAUCGUGCACGAGGAUGUACUGUUUCUAAAAGUGCAUUGAUCAAUCUCCACGAUUCGGAACGGACUAUAUUGAAAUUUGAAAUGUUUUUAUGUAACGCGAACAUGUUUUACGCGUUUUUCCAUGUCUGUUUUCCGUACUCAAAGUACUCGUUUCCGUGCCGGUCGAGUUGCUCUGCGAAUGCGCGUGUGCGGAGUACUGAAAAGACCACUUUUAAGUUCUUGGAGUUAAAAGUGGUCUUUUUUGUACUGCGCGCAUGCGUUUUCGUGUUUAGUGAAGAACGCGGAACAUACUCUUGUUAUAUAAAGAAUGGUGUGCAACAAGAAGGCAACGGUUUUUUUCGCAUUGCGUAUUUGCGUAUUAUCGUCUUCGGUUCGCCUACAACUCGUAUUGCAAACUUACGCUCGCCCCGAAAUGACCGAUUUUGCCUCCCUGUUACCACAAUAUACUAUAGUUUGAUAUGAUCGGGAAUUGGAAUCGGAAUUAUUGGUUAUGAUUUCGAAAAGUGUACCAGCCACAACACAAAAACGCAUGUCAAUCCGAACUGGAAGUUGUACAGCAUAUUUGGCAAUCUGAUAAUUGCGUUUCAGUGACAUUAUAGGUACGAUAAAAUUCCAUACGAUGAUGUUAAUCUUUUUUCAUUUUUAAAUAACUCAAAUUUUGUUAAAGCUCUUAAAAACCCGUUUGCAAUACUCGCCGAUUUUUUUUACAGCUAGAACCCUCUACAGCUCUUCAAAUUCGGUUUCAAAAUAUGAUCUUUAGUUAUGAAUAAUGUCUGAAUGAUUCCGGGAUCAUCGAGUAUUCUUUCAUUUAUGAAAUAGUAUGUUGAAAAAGAACAUUCUAGUCGAAAACCUGCCGAGAAGGUUUUACAUCAACGAUAAAGUAUUUUCGCAUGGAAAAUCAGUUACACAUUAUUAUGACUGUUCAUGUCAUUGAUCAUACUUUUUUAAUGUAAGAGGUAGCAAGUUGUAGGGACUUUUAUUGGUCGACACAGUAAGUCCUGUGGUUUAAACAAAUUUCGCGAAUGACACGCCUUUUUUGUUCGAGAAAUGAUUGAAUAGUGUUAUCUCUCAAGUUUCAGAUGAUGGGACUGUGGUAGUUGAUUUUUGUGAUCUUGCCAAAUUUUUUGGAGGCUUAUUGGCUGUUUCUUAACCAAAAUUCAACUCUAUCAACAUCAGUUACGUUAUAAGUCAACUUGAUGUUUAACGGAAUCUUACAAAAUUUACGAGUUCUUCAACUGGCUUUAUGAUAAUUAAUUCAUGGAGGUCUGACUAGAUCUGCUCAGCAUUUAGAGUUUCUAAAGUGAAAGUUUGACUGACCCAAACUGUCGUCCUUCAGACUGUAAUUCUCGCAAUUUUGUACUUUUGCACAGUAAAUUUCCACCGAAUAAUUGUAAAUACAGGUAUAUGUGACUGGAAAAUUCUUCAAGCUUGGUGAAUGUAGGGUAUUAUAAAUACUGUCUACUGAAAAUUUCAUGAAAUUCUAUGGAAUUUUUAUUACUUCGAUGUCAAAAUUACUGUCAUUCUCCAAGUCUUGGAUAUACACCUUUGAUUAUAAUUAUUAUGUUUAUAAAUGUACUUUACGAACCAUGUUGACAGUGAAAUAUAUAAUAUUCUAAAUUA